AUGACUGGACACGGCUGCUUCGGUCAUUACCUGUACACAAUAAGGAAGGAACCUUCGCCGGUUUGUCACCAUUGCGGGUACGAAGACGACACCGCCUAUCACACGAUGGUGGAAUGCCCAACCUGGGCCCCUGAGAGAUGGGAACUGGAAAUGGCCCUGAACGUGGAUGAUCUCUCGCUGCACAAUAUAGUAGCAAAAAUUCUAGUCAGCGAGAGAUCUUGGGCGGCGUUCCAUAACUUCUGUGAGAAAGUUAUGAGAAGGAAAGAGGAAGCGGAGCGGGCGCGCGAGGCCAGAGCCGAUACGCAUCCGCUACGACAAAGACGGAGGGGAAUCAGGCGGCGGCAAUUCGUCAAUGCCUUGAUUCCCCAGUAG